UUGCAACCAAGCAAUGCGCGACGACACAUAAUGCAAUGCUAUACCGAACUCGUGGCUCCGACUGCCGUGUCGAACGCCGUCGCCUUACCAUUCAUCGCCCCGGGCGCAACUAACCUGGUCGUUGCAAAGACUUCAUUACUACAGGUGUUUGCCCUGAAGACCAUCGCGACCGAUACCAAACCUUCAUCACUCGGCAAUGCCGACGCAAUCGCUACCGAAGGCCCCGAGAGUGUCCAUCGUCUCGAAAACACAUCCAAGCUGGUCCUGCUCGGCGAAUACCCCGUGUCAGGAACCAUCACUUCACUACAGCGGGUCAAGGCCUUGAACACAAAGACUGGCGCGGAUGCAUUGCUCGUUUCUACCCAGGACGCAAAGAUCAGUUUGGUCGAAUGGGACCCUCUCAAUCACCGUAUCUCGACUCUGUCCAUCCAUUACUACGAACGCGAGACAACAAACACACUGCCAUUUGGGCCCUCCCUUGCCGAUACCCCCAGCUAUCUUAGCGUUGAUCCGCGAAGCAGGUGCGCCGCUCUCAAGUUCGGCACCAAGCACCUUGCAAUCAUCCCGUUCCGCCAAUCCGCUGAUGAUCUGGCCGACGAAGAUGAUCUCGAUACACCUCCGCCAACAAAGGCUCCUGCUGCUGGCACAGAAGCUCAAGCAGAAACACCCUAUUCGGCCUCUUUCGUCCUACCCUUGACUGCUCUCGACCCAGCUCUCACCCACCCCGUCCAUCUGGCCUUCUUGCACGAAUACAGAGAACCUACAUUCGGCAUCGUUUCGUCCAACAAGGCUCCCAGCCACGGCUUGCUCGAUGAGCGCAAGGACAUUCUGAACUACACAGUCUUCACCCUUGAUCUGGAUCAACGCGCUUCUACAACUCUACUUUCCGUCACAGGUCUUCCUUUCGACAUCUUCCGCGUAGUUCCUCUCCCCUUGCCUGUUGGCGGUGCUCUUCUGGUGGGCGCAAACGAGUUGGUCCACGUAGAUCAAGCCGGAAAAACAAAUGCUGUUGCUGUCAAUGAGUUUGCCAAGCUCAGCUCGAACUUCGCCAUGGCCGAUCAGUCCGACCUCGGCCUGCGCCUAGAGGACUGUGUUGUUGAGAAUUUGGACCAUACCAACGGCAAUAUGCUGAUCGUUUUGAACACUGGUCGCUUGGCCGUCUUGUCUUUCCGCAUCGACGGUCGUUCAGUAUCUGGCCUAGCUGUUCAUCUGGUGGACUCUGCUCAUGGCGGUCAUCAGCUGAAGACUGCUGCAAAUUGCGCUGCCUCCCUGGGACGUGGUAGACUCUUCUUGGGCAGCGAGGAUGGUGAUUCUACUUUGAUUGGCUGGUCCAAGAAAACUACUCAAUCCUCGCGUAAGCGAAGCCAUGCUCAGAUGAUUGCCGAGGACGCAGAACUUUCGCUUGACGAAGAAGACCUCGAUGAUGACGCAGACGACGAUCUAUACGCAGAUGAAGCCCCCGUUGUCAAGCAGGCCACUUCUCAGAAUGCGGACUCUAGUGGUCCGGACAGCUACUUCUUCAGGAUACAUGACAACUUGUUCAGCAUGGGUCCCAUCAAGAACGUAUGUCUUGGAAAGUAUGCUACUGAUCAUCCUUCGGAGAAUGAUCUCGAACCACAACUAUCUUUGCUUGCGAGCGUUGGCCGAGAGCGCGCAUCAAAGCUUGCAUUCAUCAAUCGUGAACUAACCCCCAGCCCCCUUCGGUCCGUAGACGUACCCCAAGCCCAAGCAGUCUGGACCGCAUGUGCGAAGCAGGCGGCCCCACGUGGAUUGCCGAAGCCCACAGACGGUACACAGACUCUUGAAGUACAGCUAUCGUCCGACGCGCUGUACGACCAAUAUCUCAUCACCUGCCAUGUUGAUGACGACGGUGAAGGAAGUUCAAAGGUAUUCAAGAUCGACAACGAAGUCACCGACUCCAAAAUUGGUGACAGCAGUGCGAGCUAUACUGAGGUGACUGGAACCGAGUUCGAGGGUGAAGGUGAGACCUUGGAUGUGGGCAUCCUGGCUUCUGGUACAAGAAUCGUCCAGGUGAGAAAGCAUGAAGUCAGGAGUUAUGAUGCAGACCUUGGCCUUUCCCAAAUAUACCCCAUCAUUGAUGAGGAGACCGAUGCAGAGCUUACGGUCAUACACUCAUCCUUCUGCGACCCGUACCUUCUACUACUCAGGGAAGACUCGAGUAUGCAGAUCCUCCAAGUAGACAAGAGCGGCGAUCUCGAUGAACUAGAGCGCGGUGAUGCUGCAUUGGCUUCGAAGUGGUUGUCGGGCAGUGUGUACAAGUCCGAGAUGACAGGCGACAAAGCAUUAGCAUUUAUGCUCAAUGCGGAAGGAGGCCUCGCUGUCUUCGAGCUUCCAAAUCUCGAACGGCCCGUGUACGAGGCUUCCAAUCUCUCCGUCUUGUCACCAGUGGUCUCAAACGAGAGCGCGCCUCGUCGCGCUGCCGGCAAGGAGACUCUGACCGAGCUAGUCUUCGCGGAUCUGGGUGACGAAACGACUAAAUCGCCUUACCUUAUUCUACGUUCAGCUGCCGACGAUCUCAUAAUCUAUGAGCCAUUCCACCAUCCUACGGCUCCCUCCACAUCUUCAUCAUUCACCACAAACUUGCGAUUCCGCAAAGUGCCUGGGCUACACAUGCCCAAGUUCAGCGAAGACUCGUCGCUUCAGAACCCUGCCGCUUUAAGACUACUCCCCAAUGUUGGUGGGUACUCUACCGUUUUCAUGGCGGGUGGUUCGCCAAGCUUUGUCGUAAAAGAUGCUUCAACUCUGCCACGCAUUGUCAGUUUACGAGGAAAGGGUGUUCGUGGGCUCUGCGGUCUCAAUAGCCGGGAAUGCGAAGCUGGGUUUGCUUGGGUUGACACUACUGGUACGAUACGCGAGGGUCAAAUUCCCUCAGGUACAAGUUUCGCAUCCAAUGGUUGGUCUGUUCGCAAGUUCUCACCAUUCUCCGAACACGUCGAAGUGCAGAAGAUUGCCUAUCAUUCUGAGCGCGAUAUCUAUAUUGUCACAACGCAAGAAGAGAUCGACUUCCAUCCUCCCGAGGAUGAUCCUAGGCACCCAGCGGCAGAUGAGGAAAUCACACUUCGACCAAAAACACUGCAGUUCCGCGUCCAUCUCUACGAUGCAAAGGCUGACCGUAUCAUUGACACUUACGAUAUUCCACCUUACGAACUUGUCACGUCGAUGGAAGUCAUGUCUCUGGAAGUCUCCGAAAUCACACAUCACCACAAGCUAUUGGUUGCGUUGGGAACUAUCUCACAAAGAGCAGAGAACUACGCCGCGAAGGGCUGUAUCUACACACUCGAGAUUAUCGAUGUUGUACCAGAGCCUGGCCAACCAGAGACAGGGAAGAAGUUCCGUGUCUUUGGCAGGGAAGAGACUAAGAGCGGCAUCACGGCCUUGAUGGGUAUUGCUGGUCUUGUUGGUACUGCUCAAGGACAGAAACUCAUGAUUCGUGGACUGAGAGAGGAUGGAUCGUGUCUACCUGUUGCCUUCCUCGACGCACAAUGUUACAUGACAUCGUUGAAGACGCUGGCAAGUAGCAAGCUCUGGAUUGCUGCUGAUGCCUGGAAGGGCCUCUGGUUCGGUGGAUUCGGAGAGGAGCCUUACAAGCUUUCGCUUUUCGGCAAGUCUCGAUCUCAGAUGGAAGUCGUUUCGGCUGAGUUUUUGCCUUUCGAGGGUCAGCUGUACAUCCUUAUCAUUGAUGCGGACCUCGACAUGCACGUACUGCAAUACGACCCCGAGCACCCCAAAUCCCUGUCAGGUCAACGUCUACUGCAUAGAAGCACCUUCCAUGUUGGUCACAUGCCGACCUCGAUGACAUUACUACCUUCCACUUUAUCUCCAUUCGCCGAACAGAAUCCCGAUGAGGAGAUGGCAGACGAUGAUACAGAGCCCUCCAAGACACCUAGUCUCAAUCACAUUCUUAUCACAACACAAACUGGAAGUAUUGCACUACUCACACCUCUCGACGAGGCAACCUACCGUCGCCUUUCAGCACUGCAAGCAACGCUUUCUAGUAUUCUUGAACAUUCGGCUGGUCUAAACCCUCGGGCCUAUCGUGCGGUCGAGAGCGAAGGUCUUGGUGCUAGAGGCAUUGUCGACGGAGACCUGAUUACCAGGAUUUACGAGCUUGGUGCUGGUAAAAGACUUGAGGUACUUGGAAGAGCCGGUGCAGAAGUCUGGGGUAUGAGAAGCGAUUUGGAAAUUAUCGCUGGUGAAGGAUUGGGAUACUUGUAGAAUUGCCUUGAGCAACAAUUCUCAAUAUUAUUCUUUCUCUCCA